AUGAGGAAUGAGACACAGCGACAGAGAGAGGAGACAGAAUCUCACAUGGAAGACCAAAGGAAAGAGAAAGAACAUCUGGAACAAAUGACGACGGACAUGAAAAAACAGUUGCUAGAGAUGGAUAAUGACAAGGAAAUGAUAGAAAGCUCAAUGGGUGAACUGAGAUUGAAAGAGGCAGAAAUGGUGAGAGAAAAGGAGAACAUGGAAAACAAGAUGGCUAGACUCAAAGACGAAGAGGAUAGAAUGCGGGAAGAAAUAGGAAGGAAGGUGGACAACUUGAAGCAGGAAAGUCAUGAAAUCAAAAGACUUAGAGAUGAAAUUGACAGUGAAAAGGACCAGCUGAAUACAAAAUUGCUUGAGUUGGAAAAAAUGCGUGAAGAACUAGAUAGAGAGAAGAAGGAAGUGAAAGACAGGAAGGAUGAAGUACUGAAAGAGAAAGAUCAGUUGGAAGAGAGGCAAGAUAAGAUCAGUAAGGAGAAAGAGGAAUUGGAUAUCAGUCUUGAACUGAUGAAAAGACAAAGGGAAGACUUGACGAGCUUGAAGGCUGAAGCAGAAGCACAGACCGAUCCUAUGGAAAAAGACUGGAAGGAAAAGCUCACGAGGGAAAGACAACAACUUGAAGAUGUAAAGGAGGAGAUACAGAAGGAAAAAGAAGCCUUUGAGAGAAAGAAGGGAUUGACCAUGAAAGAAAGAGAUGAGUUUGAGCUGAUGAAGUCUGAAACCCAGGGUCAAAUGGUGGAAAUAGAACAAAGCAAACAAGACAUUCGUGUGGAGAAGGAAAAGCUGGAUCAGAUCAAAGCUGAGUUAGAAAGACGAUCUGAAAACAUAAAUCAGGUCAUGGAUGAGACAAGACGGGAGAGGGGGAAGGUUGAAGAACUGGCUAUCCAAACUCAAAAACAAAGAGAAGAAAUGGUGGGUUUCAUGGAAAAGAACAACCAAAAGCAGAACGAACUGGAACUCAUGAAUAACAAGAUUGAAAGAGAGAAACAAGACAUCGAAGAAAGUCGGGAUGUGCUAACAAAGGAGAGAGAGGAGCUGGAACAAAUGAGGAAUGAGACACAGCGACAGAGAGAGGAGACAGAAUCUCACAUGGAAGACCAAAGGAAAGAGAAAGAACAUCUGGAACAAAUGACGACGGACAUGAAAAAACAGUUGCUAGAGAUGGAUAAUGACAAGGAAAUGAUAGAAAGCUCAAUGGGUGAACUGAGAUUGAAAGAGGCAGAAAUGGUGAGAGAAAAGGAGAACAUGGAAAACAAGAUGGCUAGACUCAAAGACGAAGAGGAUAGAAUGCGGGAAGAAAUAGGAAGGAAGGUGGACAACUUGAAGCAGGAAAGUCAUGAAAUCAAAAGACUUAGAGAUGAAAUUGACAGUGAAAAGGACCAGCUGAAUACAAAAUUGCUUGAGUUGGAAAAAAUGCGUGAAGAACUAGAUAGAGAGAAGAAGGAAGUGAAAGACAGGAAGGAUGAAGUACUGAAAGAGAAAGAUCAGUUGGAAGAGAGGCAAGAUAAGAUCAGUAAGGAGAAAGAGGAAUUGGAUAUCAGUCUUGAACUGAUGAAAAGACAAAGGGAAGACUUGACGAGCUUGAAGGCUGAAGCAGAAGCACAGACCGAUCCUAUGGAAAAGACUGGAAGGAAAAGCUCACGAGGGAAAGACAACAACUUGAAGAUGUAAAGGAGGAGAUACAGAAGGAAAAAGAAGCCUUUGAGAGAAAGAAGGGAUUGACCAUGAAAGAAAGAGAUGAGUUUGAGCUGAUGAAGUCUGAAACCCAGGGACAAAUGGUGGAAAUAGAACAAAACAAACAAGACAUUCGUGUGGAGAAGGAAAAGCUGGAUCAGAUCAAAGCUGAGUUAGAAAGGCGAUCUGAAAACAUAAAUCAGGUCAUGGAUGAGACAAGACGGGAGAGGGGGAAGGUUGAAGAACUGGCUAUCCAAACUCAAAAACAAAGAGAAGAAAUGGUGGGUUUCAUGGAAAA